AUGAUGCUGCACGGAGCGCAAUCUCCCUCCGCCGUGUCGCCGGCCCUUCCCGCUGUGGCAGCUGAUGCCGCACCUGAGGCCGGCGACCAGCAGACAAGGCUACAGCGCCGCAAGAGAAAGGCCGGUACACAGACGAACGAGCGUCUCUCCAAGCGUCUGAGUCUGCUGAAUCUUGAGCAAGGCGGCAGCAAGCUGUACGUCCCCGUCGAGACACCCGCAUCCUCAUCAAACAACAACUCUGCACCUGCACCGCGCGCUGCGGUCAUGCCUGAUGAUACUAUGCAGCUGGACGACUCUAAGCACAAGGUCUACAUCUACAACAUCGACGAUGAGCUCUCCUCCGACAGCGAGUCCGACGACGGCAAGCUCGUAUUCCUCCCCGACAUUGAGAAGCAUCUCCGUGCAACCCGCAUCCCCCCCUCCAUCCUGGCCAAGCCCGACGCCGAGGUUGAAGGCAUGGAGGUUGUGCUCUACAGUGACCCCAAGUCACUGACGGUGCCCGAGGGAAAGGACAGCGUCCGCAAGGCCAUUAUCGAGUCACGCCGCCGCACGAGGGAACAGCAGCGGCUGGAAAGGGAGAGUAAGAGUAUCGAUGUGGCCACGACUGCUCCUUCAAUCGACAACGCGAGCAUGCCAUCCAACAUGACAUCUGGGGGCUAUGAUGACUCAGAUGCAAUGGACAUGGACUAA